UUGAAUUAAGUUCAUGGGGCAGAUUGACACUUUAGCCUGUAACAAGUAGAUGAAAAUGAGCUUCCCAAAAUCUUUCAUCUCUCGGUGAGCUCUUUCAGUCCCUCUCUCUCUCUUUCUUCCUCACUCGCUCAGCCUUCUCAGGACGUACUCAAAUUCAGAGUGAUAACGAGUUAAUAAAAGACCAGUAUGGAUCCGUCAGAAUUAAGGUAUUUGGAGGACAAUGAUACUCCCACAAUGAAAACAAUCAAAGGUGCUACUAUGGGUUUAGCUGCUGGAACUCUCUGGGGAACUAUUGUUGCCACUUGGCAUGAUGUGCCUCGUGUUGAGAAACAUGUUGCACUUCCUGGCCUAAUAAGGACUGUCAAGAUGAUGGGUAAUUAUGGGUUGACUUUUGCUGCCAUUGGAGGAGUUUAUAUUGGUGUUGAGCAACUGGUUCAGCACUUUAGGAUGAAAAGGGAUUUUGUCAAUGGUACUGUUGGUGGCUUUGUCGCUGGGGCUUCCGUUAUAGGCUUCAAAGGAAGGAGCAUUUCAACAGCUAUGUCUGCUGGAGCUGCACUAGCAGUCACUUCUGCACUUAUUGAUGCUGGAGGUCAGACCACAAGAAUAGACAAUGGCAAGGAGUACUACCCCUACACCACCAAAAAAAGAUCCACUGUUGAGGGUUGAAAUAUUGAUACUGUUGGUAAAAGAAAGGAGAUGUUGGCAAGUUAAUUGAUGGAAGAAGAGCCUGCUGUUUCCUGAAUCACCUGUAUGUUUGUUUUGGAGAUGUAAUCACACUCUAAGAUCUCCUGUCUAACAGUUCACUUCUCAGUGUCAGAAAUAAACGAACUUGUCCCUUUUGUUCAGAAGAUCUGUUAGAUGUUUAAUUUUUUUCAUUUUGAGACGGUUAUUUUGUGACAAACUGAACUGGAAGGAGACCGGAAAGAAAAUAAUGGUCAAGUUUGAACGUAACAAGGGGGGUACAUUGUGCAAACUUAUUGAUCAAAAUUAUAAAAAAUUUAGAUUUCUUGUUUGAAGCAAA